UACUGCUGGGGGCGCGGCGCCGACGCCGAAGCGCGGCCAUGGAGGGGGAGCCCCGCGCCGGGGUCGCGCUGGUCCCGGGGCCGAGCGGCCGCGGGCCUUCCGCCCGCCGCGCCCGCCGCCCGGGGCUGCUGCUCCCCGGCAUCUGGCUGUUGCUGCUCGCCCGGCCGGCCUCGUGCGCCCCAGAUGAGCUCUCUCUGGAACAGCACAACCUUUCCUCAUCUUCCGUGGAGCCCACGCUGAAGCAGAGCACCGCGCACAGCGCCGCACAUGUGGCCUUAACAGAAACCGCUGCAGGGUCCCAGCAAAGCAGAUCUCUCCACGUCAUCUCAUCUCCAUCCGUCAUUACUUUUGAUACCGCCUUUUUUAACCAGGGAAAACGAACCCCCAGUACAGCAGAUCACAGUAUCUUUGUGGCAAAUUACAUGUCUGUGAUGAGCAAUGAGGUGCUCGGGGAUGAUGACGACAUGGAUAACUUUCUGCCAGAAACUCACUGGACUGCUUCCCGCGUAGUUUCUCCUGUACAGUUCAUGACAGUCAGCCCACAAGGGCUGCCCGAGGAAACGCUGGACCCAGUGCUGACUCCAUCCCUUCCCAUUAUUUCUUUACACAGUGAGAAAGGGACAUCAGCCUGGCAAAACACAGUGCAGCUUCCGACAACGCACACUGAAUCCCCCACUCAUCUCAGUGCUCUUCGGUCAGCUUUUCCCACGUCCGCGGGCACAAGGCCAAUCCCUAGUAGGAAUGUGGUGCUUUAUCCUACUGACUCCCAUGGGCACUUACCCACCAGGACUUUACCGGAGAUCAUGGCUUCAGGAACAGAGGACGUAGAAACCGUCCUUUUUAGCCUGGAGUCUGCAGUGCCUCAGCCCGGGGACGAGGGCAGUACCCAGCGGCCGCUGCCCCCCACCCCACCUCCAGAGGAUGUUCUGGCUGCAGGUACAGACAGCUUCCCUGAUGUGACCUCUGCUUUGAGCCCAAGUCUAAAAGAAAGCUUCUCUCCAGGAACAUCGCCUGCUGCAGCUCUGGCACAGACCACCCUGGCUUGCAGCAGCUGCGGCCGCCUCACCAAUUCGGCUUUGUUUUCCACCCCUCUUGUGUUGGUUUCCUUCUCUACUCAGUCCGCUGAGGUUUCGCAUAACCCCGUUCCCGCUGGCAAUUCCAGUGUAGUGUCAGAAUUGCCUGGCAGUUCGGUGGCCCCAAGUCUUGGGGACGAUACUCAUGUCCCAAGCCCAGUGUCUUUGCUCACCUGGGACCUGUGUCGCACUUCCUGUGCUUCCACGCCUGGGCUCCUUCAGUCAAUCAGCCUCCUGGAGAAGGACGUGGGAUCGGGGGAUGGUGCAGAGACCCUGUCUGGGGCCAUGUUGGAGGUGCACAGCCUCUCGCCCCUGAGCAGCGUGGUGGUGGACUUCUCUGACUUUGAGGAACAGUCUCAAGAAUACAACACACUUUUCCCCUCAAGACCGAUCGUUCCACUCUCUUCUCGCUCCACAGUAAUCUCAGAAGUGAGCACUGGUAUUCCAGCCGAGGUGGAUGCGAGCAGGGUCAUGACCACACAGGUAUACCCUUCCCAGGGCCUCCUCCCUGUCCUGGUGUCACGCGAUGUGGCUCCUUUCGGCUCCCCCUCUGUGGCUGGAACUCGAGGAGUGCCAUCCAGCACGACAGCUGUGUUUUCCUCUGUCAUCGCCCAUGUUCUCCUUGGCUCAUCUUUCUCCGUCCCUGCAAACACACGCACACCAUCGCUCACUGGCAGAGACGCGCAUCUUUUUACAUCUUACAGUUUGGGUCCUUCAGCAGAGCCUUCGCUUUUCCCUGACAGAGAACCUGUCAGUUUUUCUGAAUGUGAAACUGGAAGUAUUUUGGAUUUUGCAUCCAGUUUUUUCCCUACUCCACCUCUGGAAAUCAGCAGCUCUGUCCCAACAUCUUCAGAAGUACCUGCUUCUCCAUCUCUGACGCUGCGUGAUUUGCCAACCUACGUUUCUCCGGCAUUUUCUACCUUGGUUGAGACACUUUCAUUGUCCGGCCCUGUCAAUGUGCAGUCACCUCAGCUUGCUGUUCCUAAUUCCACCAGCCUUGAAUUUUCUCAGGUCUGGCAAAGUUCUGACCUUCUUUUAAAUACAUUCACUUUACUACCUAGUUACUCUGAAAUGUCACUGCUGUCAAGCUUCCCAUCUGAUUCUCUCAAAUUCUCUGAGGCAUCAACAGUUUCACUGACAGAUUCUGAAGCUCAUUUUACCUCAGUCCUCACUGCAACUACCUCCUAUUUUGAGUCGUCACUCAGUUCCCAUGAACCUGCAGUCACUACACUGGUGUUCCCCAGUUCUGAGCCCGUCCUUGACAUUUUGACUGCUGGAGGUCACCUCACCUCAUCUUUGACAGUUUUUCCCACUCCGCCCAUUUUAACAGAAUCUCUCUUUCCAAUUCUGACACCUUCCGACAGCGACGUCAGCACUACAGAUGAUCACACGUCUGUCUUGUCCUCCAAAGUCAUUCCUGCCACUGCAGCAGUGGCCACCAGCGUGUACCCAUCAUCAGCAUCCUCAUUGGUUUCUGGGGCCAUCCCCUCACUUCUGCCUGCAGAGCCCGUACCUAUGGGUCCAUCAUUCACACCUCCAGAUUUGCCAGUGAGCAGCCUCCCUGAACCGAGCACACCUGGUAACAGUGUUGUUGCCACCUCCCCGAAUAGCCAAACCGUGAGUCAGCGUCCCCACGAGAGCAGCACGGCUCCUCUGCCGCCAUCCCCCCGUCCCGUGACCAACCCCACUCCUGAAGCAGCAGUGGGGACUCCAGCACUGGUCGCCACCAAGCCGCCGUAUGUGUGUGAUAUUACAGUUCCCGACGCCUAUUUGAUCACGGCUGUGCUGGCCAGAAGAGCUGUGCAGGAGUACAUCAUCACAUCCAUCAAAGAGGUGUUGAGGAUUCACUUCAACCGUGCCGUGGAGCUCCAGGUUUAUGAUCUGUUCGCUGACUUCACUUUUCUGGUAACAUCUGGCCCUUUUGUUUACACGGCAAUAUCAGUCAUAAAUGUUCUUAUAAAUAGUAAACUUGUACGUGACCAAACUCCUUUAAUUCUGGCUGUGAAACCUUCCUUCUUUGUGCCAGAGUCCAGGUUCCAAGUUCAAACAGUACUCCAGUUUGUGCCUCAGAGUGUGGACACUGGCUUCUGCAACUUCACCCAGCGUAUCGAGAAAGGCCUUAUGACAGCUCUCUCUGAAGUGAGAAAACACCACCAGGGGGCGUAUAACCUCACGGUGCAGAUCUUGAAUAUCACCAUGGGUUCCUCAAGGGCGGAGCCUCGGCGGGGCCCUGUGAAUAUCGUCUUUGCCGUCAGAGGCGCCCAGGGGUUUCUGAAUGGGUCUGAAGUGAGCGAGUUGCUCAGGAACCUGAGUGUGGUGGAGUUCAGUUUCUACCUGGGUUUCCCGGUGCUACAGAUCGCUGAGCCCUUCCAGUACCCACAGCUCAACUUAUCGCAGUUGUUGAAGUCCUCUUGGGUAAGAACAGUUCUCCUGGGAGUCAUUGAGAAGCAGCUCCAAAAUGAAGUGUUUCAGACUGAGAUGGAACGCAAACUGGCCCAGCUGCUCAGUGAGGUGUCUACCAGAAGGCGGGUGUGGAGAAGGGCCACCAUCACUGCGGGGAACAGCGUGGUGCAGAUGGUCAAUGUGUCCAGGCUAGAGGGAGAUGACGAUCCCGUGCAGCUCGUCUACUUUGUGGAGGAUCAAGAUGGAGAAAGACUUAGUGCAGUCAAGUCUUCAGAUCUGAUUAACAAGAUAGAUAUCCAGAGAGCAGCCAUUAUCUUGGGUUACCGAAUUCAAGGUGCUGUUGCUCAACCCGUGGACAGGGUGAAGAGGCCAUCUGCGGAGUCCCAGGGCAGCAGCCUCUGGGUCAUCGUCGGCGUGGUCGUCCCAGUGCUGGUGGUGACGGUGAUUGUCGUCAUCCUCUACUGGAAACUCUGCCGCACGGACAAGUUGGACUUUCAGCCUGACACGGUGGCCAACAUUCAGCAGCGUCAGAAGCUGCAGAUCCCUAGUGUGAAGGGCUUCGACUUUGCUAAGCAGCAUCUGGGUCAGCACAACAAGGAUGACGUCUUGAUUAUUCAUGAGCCAGCACCACUGCCGGGACCGGUGAAGGACCACACCACGCCCUCUGAGAAUGGAGACGUGCCGAGCCCCAAGGCAAAGAUCCCUUCCAAGAACGUCCGGCACAGAGGAAGAGUUUCUCCUUCUGAUGUUGACUCUACAGUAAGUGAAGAGUCCAGUGAGAGGGAAGCAGGAGACAAGACGCCAGGAGCAGUGAACAAUGGCCCACCACCGCCCAGUUCAGGGAACGAGCAGCACUCAUCAGCCUCCAUCUUUGAGCAUGUGGACAGGAUCUCCCGUUCCUCGGAGGCCAGUCGGCGGGUCCCCAGUAAGAUCCAGCUGAUCGCUAUGCAGCCGAUCCCAGUGCCUCCGGUGCAGCACUCCAUACUGGCUGACCGGGUGGCAGAAACCAACAAAAUUAACAAAGAGAUUCAGACGGCGCUGCGGCACAAAUCCGAGAUCGAGCACCACCGGAACAAGAUCCGGCUGCGCGCCAAGCGCCGCGGGCACUACGAGUUCCCAGUGGUGGACGACCUGUCGUCGGGCGACACGCGGGAGCGGGAGCGGCACCGGGUGUACCGCCGGGCGCAGAUGCAGAUCGACAAGAUCCUGGACCCCACGGCCAGUGUGCCCUCGGUGUUCAUAGAGCCCCGGAAGAGCUCGAGGAUAAAACGCUCCCCUAAGCCGCGCCGGAAACACCAGGUCAACGGCUGCCCUGGAGAUGCUGAGAAGGACAGACUCAUCACCACCGAUAGCGAUGGCACUUACAAAAGGCCCCCCGGUGUCCACAACUCUGCCUACAUCGGUUGCCCGUCUGAUCCUGACCUCCCGGCCGAUGUGCCGACGCCGUCCUCAGCUGAGCUGGGGAGGUAUCCGGGCUUGCCCUUCCCGGCCUCCCAGUACGUCCCACCCCAGCCGUCCAUUGAGGAGGCGCGCCAGACCAUGCACUCCCUCCUGGACGAUGCUUUUGCCCUCGUGGCCCCCAGCAGCCAGCCCACCAGUGCCGUGGCUGCAGGCCCUGGGGUCCCAGCCAGCUUGCCCGUGAACAGCACCCCUUCCCGGGAAGACAGGCGAGCCACUCAGUGGGGGUCCUUCUACAGCCCAGCUCAGACGGCCAACAACCCAUGCACUAGGUAUGAAGACUAUGGGAUGACUCCCCCAUCAGGCCCAUUGCCAAGACCAGGUUUUGGCCCCGGUUUGCUGCAGUCUUCAGAGCUGGGGCCUCCAGAGCCUCAACAGCCACAGGCAUCGGCUGAAGCCCCGUUUGCCGCCCGAGGGAUCUACUCUGAGGAGGUGCCACCGGUGGCCCGUCCUCGGCCUGUCGGAGGCACCACAGGCCCCCAGAUCCAGCACCUGACGCAGGUGGGGAUUGCGAGCAGGAUUGGAGCCCAGCCAGUGGAAAUCCCGCCAAGCAGAGGCGGUCAGUGUGGGGGACCAGGCUGGCCUUUGCACGGGGAGGAGGAAGCAGGCCGAAGAGAGGCUACACACAUGCUCGGACAUCAAGAGUAUUCCUCACCGCUGUUCCAGGUGCCAAGGACUUCAGGCAGGGAGCCCUCAGCUCCUCCCGGGAACCUCCCACACCGGGGGCUGCUGGGUGCUGGACUCACCUACGCCGCCAGCUCCACGGAAGAUCUGCAGCCCGGCCACUCCUCAGCCUCCCUCAUCAAAGCGAUCCGCGAGGAGCUCCUCCGGCUCUCCCAGAAACAGACCGCCGUGCAGAACUUCCACAGCUGAUCAGCCGCACCAUGCAGAUUUGCCAAGUACUGCUUCCCGUGGAAGCAAGACCGAAAGGAACGCAACUGAGUGGGUGUUUGUGGGAGGACAACAUCUCCUGGGCUAGGAGCCCCUGUAAGAGAGCAAGUUGCAAUUUUAGAAAAUGCCAUAAGUCACAUUACAGCUCAUGAUGUUUUUAAUAAGUUGGCAAUUUUGUGGCCACUUGGGUUCAGUGGAAAUUUAUAUACUUUUGGCCAAAAGCCAGCACACUUCAUAAAGACAAACCACAAACCUAAGUUAACAAAACUACUAAGUCUCCUUUUUAAAGGCAAACGAUGAAAAUCUGUCAGUGGUACAGGGAUUAAAGGAGCCCAGCAUUUCCAUGGGAAGAUGUGAUUCAGACUGGCUUGGUUGAUGAACCUGCUGCUUUGUUUUCUGAGAAGAGAUCUGAAGACAUUUUAUUAACAGCUCGAUUUCCCUCUUUUUCUCCAUAGGAACUUAUUUUAAUAGUAAUAUUGACAGCAAGAACACCAAGACGGUUGGGGAAUAAAAAAAGUUACUAGUGAGAAGCCAAAUGAUAGCUUGUAGGGCCUGGUGAUUCCAGACAAAGCCAUCAUCUGCAUUUUUCCUUCUGGUGCUGCAGCUCCACGGGCCCCUCACCUUUAAGUCUGUGAAAUGCAACUUUGGCUUUUACAAUGGAAGAUUACAUUGAAGGCUUCAUUUGUUCUAGAAAGGAAAAACCCUCCUAUGUGGAGAAUAAAAGCUUACUAUUUAUUUGGUUAUUCAAAAUGCCUAUCAAGUUUAGAUUUACAUUCUUAAUGGUAUUUGCUGUUUAUUAAUUGGCACCUGAACCUACUGAUAGCAUCCUGUUUCAGCACAAACCAAGGCCAGUCCUUUAGAAUGAGGCUUUCAAGAGGUCCUACCUAGUCCUUGCACUUGGCUGAGGUGUUACUCCCAAAUUAUGUUUGAAUGAGAAAGCUUACGUAAGCAGAAGUUAUUUAUAAAAAUUCCUAGGGCCCACCAAAUUGUUAUUCAUGGGUACAUUCCUAGUAAUCACAUUCUCUGUGUUCAGGGCCUGGAAAUGGAACUGAGUUCAGUUCAGCCUUUCUGUAAUGAAUCAAGAAAUGUAAAGAAGAGCUUUGAGACCACAAAGGAAAGGAGGAAGUUGCUCCUAACUUCGGAUUUUAUUGUGCGUGACUCUGCUGAGUGGCUAUUCAAACCGUCUUAUGUGCUUUGGGCUUGACAGAGGUAUCAUCUCACUUGGGAUUACUCUGGAAGUGAAUGUUUCUCCACUUCCCAAAUUAGAGUCAGGAAUGUAAUAACAAGGGCCAUUCUGUUUUCUGGUACCUGAGUGAAGCUCAGAAGAAAAACAGAGAACAGAUUUCCACUGUGAAUCCUUUUCCUAUUAGAUCAACAAACACUUUUAAUUAAGCAAUAGAUAAACAGGCAGAAGUUGGGACUCCAACUAAUCAGAAUCUGCGUAAAAAUUUAAGAACCCUGAAAUAGCUAAAAUGAGUUUCCAAAAUGUUAUCAUCGGGUUCCAGAAUCAUGUUUCAGCACUUCCUUAAUGAAACACACCGUGUAGUCUGAAUACAGGGAAAGCUGGUUCCGAGAAGUUAAAAUGUGGCCAUUUUUCAUCACUUCUGAAAGAGGAGGAAUACAGGAGAAUAAAUCUCUCAAGGAUGUUAAAAUAAAAGGAACUGGAACUCCUUUUCAGGAAGUCCUCACAGGCUCCAAAGGGUGUGGGAGAGAAAACUCCUUCUGGGCUUGAUUUCUUUCUUCUGUCUUGGUUUAGACUUUCCCCACAAUAGAGAAUUCUCUUUGCAUAUCACUUAAAAGUAGCAGGUUUCCUGAAUAUGUUAUUAAGAAUCUCAUAUCCAAGCAGAAUUUUAUUAUGGAUACCGUACUAUGAACUCUGAUGUUGUGACAGGAAAUGGAAUAAACACGGGCCCCUCUUCUGCCAUUUUUCUCUGUCGUAAGCAUUUGCCCACAGAGUAUGAAAUGGUUAUUGCCUCCUUUGUACGUUGCAGAAACAAGCUUCGUUGUAAAGGGGGCUGCAAUAGAGAUUUCGAUGGCUUUCAAACCAGCAUGAAAGGAUUCUGCCUGUAAUUGUUAGAAUCGAUAUACUUUUAAACUCAUGUCAAGACCAAAGGUAACAUAGAAUGAACAACUGCUGGUGUGUAGUAUGAGCAGGCCCAUGGGAUCACCAGCACCUUUGUGUUGGUUGUAAAGCUCACUUAGUUUGCACUGGUUUUCUCUAAACACCUAUCACCAAACUCAGGACAAACUACUGUCCUGGGAAGCACCACACCCAUGUGAGUCCUCAUGUGCUCAGUUAAUGUGAUCCGCUGAAAAGAAAGGGCCUUGUGUGGACGAGCAUGUGGGGCUUUGGAGUUCCAUUUAGUGAAGCAUUCUAAGAAAAGUUAAGUUUUAUGUCUAUUCUCUUUACCUGUUUUAAAAGUUAUAGUAAUGUCACGAGCUAUAAAUCUGAGUCCGAAUUUUAGAGAAGAUUGGAGAAAUGAUUAUUUUCAAAGUGUACUUUGUCCCUAACUUGCUGGUCAGCAACCUUCUCUGAGCCUCAUUCUCCCGAUCAGCCAAAUGAGAACAGACCUCACCUGCCCUCCUCCCAGGAUUUCUCGUUGUGAGAAUCAGCUGGGAUCAUGUGUGCAAACGUCCCUUGAGGAGGGGUCACAAAGCACUGUGAAAUGGAAACUGUUACCUGUACGAUUGCACUGGGGUUCUACGAUCUGAUACGCUGUGAUCUAGCAAUGAAUGAGUUCAAGUGGCGGUAACCACAGGAAACCAAAGGGCCCACGUGGCUCCUCGCCCUCUCUCCCGUUUUGCUUUAAAUUCACUUCCUUCACCACUAACUUUCAAACAGUAUUUAUUAAGCAUCUUUCUGCCUGCUCCUGACUGUCUGCACUUUCUGGCACCAAAUAAGUCCACAUUAGCCCUGCCUUCUGACUCUUAGAAUGCAAAUCAGAGAACACAGAUGGGUAUAAAAGACAGGAGAUACAGAUGAGUAAAAUGGUGUAUGUAUCAGUAAAGUUCAUUGGAAGUAUACAAGUGCAUUCGGUACUCAGAAGAAGUGGAAGUUGCGCAUUUGGAAAUGGGACCUUGAGAAGAACCAACUUAAGAAGCUACUUUAAUGGAGAUGGGAGCUGCCCAGCACAUGGCGAGGUGGCACGAGAAGAGCGCAGAGGGUCUGGGGAGGGAUGUAGACACUGGGUGAAGCUAUCACUGCAAACGAACUUGAUCUUGAUCUGCUGCAAUACGGGAACAGAAUCCCUGACCACACUGUUAAUGGUUUCACUGAAACAAGAGGAGGAAGCGGUGCUGUGUGUUUGCAGUGAUGCAGUGAGAAAAUGACCUGGUCUGGGAAGGGCUACAGAGGAACAGAUCGGUCUGGAGGGGAGAAGGGGGGAAGAACUGCUGAAGGACCAAAUGUAAAGUCUGAAAAGAGUGAUAAGAAUUCCAUCAAGGUUUAUUGCUUAGAGCAGAUCUCAAUGGUCAGCUGGUCAGCAAUGCUAAAUAAAUCCUUUGUGGAGCAUAGUGGGUUAUAAAUAAAUUAUUUGACUUCUUUAUGGCUCCCUACACAUUUUUCUCAUUUAAUUUCAGAGUAUGUUUUUAUUUUGGUGGCAUGUGACUUUUGAGCAGCAGACUAAGCAGGUUUUUGCCAACCAGAUUUUUCAGGGCAUGAGGCCUGUGUGCCAAGCAUCACAGGUGAAGGUACGCCUGAAGGCUUUGGGCCAAAACAGGUAAUUCUGUGCUCUAUGAGCCUCCCAUUUAACUGUGUACAGGGUCAGUGUUUACUGCGUUUGCACAACUUCUUAGUGCUCCAGUGACCAAACCAAUCACUGGGACACCAAUUUGCAUUUGCAGUAAUUUACAAGUUAAUCAUUAAGUAAACUUCUCUAUCCCUUUCAUUCCAGAUUCUUAGACAUGAAUGAAUUUGUUGGUUGGAAGGAAAGCUGGUUAAGGUUCUGGGCAGGUGGGGAAGGGGGCCUCCAGUCUUAGCUACCACACUACUUCAGCUCUAGUUGAGUUUCAGCCAUUUCAUUCUACCUCUAGAACGCGUCUCCAAAGCCAGUCUCCAGACCCUCCUUACCCACUUUUGUCCCAGGCAGGUGUGUGAGGAAAUCCACCUCUGUACCUGCACACAGACCAUUUGAAAAUAGAACAUACUUUUAUGGGAUGGUAACUUGAACUUCAUUUUUGCAUUAAUUCAACACAUAACAGAUAUUCGUGUUAACAGGUGAGAGGGCUUUCUGUGAGCACCUGCUAUAAUGUACUGUAAAAUGUAAUAGACUUAAACACUUACUAUCUAAUGAACAGGAGUGUGUGUUGCAGGUUCCUUUCGAAAUCAUGGAGGUGACUUUGGGUGUUGAAUCCAGGACUCCUUUCUCCAGUAUUAAGAAGGCUUGAAAACCGAAACCUCAUGGUACAAUCCUAGUUCCAUGCUUGUGUUCAUAAUAGUACACUUGAGAAUUUAUCUUAAAAACAUGCAAUAGCAUUGAAAUUUAGGAGAAGAAUAUUAAAUGCUUUUGGAGACGUGAAACAAAGUGGGGAAUCAGUGAGCAAGUGAGAGAAAGAUUGAAUAUUUUAAUCUGAGGCACCUGACUCAAAUUGUUUCUCAGGGGUAGAUAAUUAUGCGGUUCCUGCAUUGCCUUCUGCCUCCAGGCUUUUCUGCAUUUCACAUUUAAAGAAAGAGUGACUAGGUAGAAGGGACAGAUAAAAGUGUAAGUGAUGUAAGUCCCUGAUUCCACAGAACCUUUCUGGACAACCUUCAGCAUCAUGUAUAGUGUCUUCUCAUGCCCCCCAGAUUUCAAGCAUUCGUAACUUGACUCCCUAAGUGUGCAGGUUAGGAAUAGUAUAGGGCCAGCUUCAAGCCAGACACCCUGCCUGUUCCUCUUGUACAUGUGGGGAAAGGAGGAGGAUGCUCCAUCAAUUAAUACAGUUGCUCUAACCAGAGGAGAGUAGAGACAACCGUGCCCUCGUCCAGAGCAUGGUCUUUGGAGACUGGGGGGUUAGUGGUACUUUCACUGGAAAGGAGGCUCAGCAGAGCUGCUCUGGGAUGCCCACCUGCCUCCUCCUACCUUGUCAAGGUCAUGUUCUUCUGCCUCUUCGGCACUCUCAUUCCUAGAUUAUGAGUGUUACUGUACGAAUAUAUGCAGAGCAAAUUGAGGCCACCCGUGGCAUCAGUACUGCAACUUGAACUUGACAAUCAUGGUUUGCUGGUCUCAAAUGGGCACUUAAAUUUCAGUAUGGAUAUAUGAUUUAGUAAUUGAGCCCUCCCUUCUAUUUGUCAGUUAUGUUUCUACCCUUCAAUUAGCUGCACUGUUUUCUAAUGUGCUGUAGUUUUGAAAUAAUUUAUGCAAGUGUUUGGUUUCCAUGUUUACAAUUUAUACAGCUUUCCUAGCAUUUUAAAUGGAAAUGUCAAUAAAUACUAUGAAU